AUGGACGAGGUCGCCGAGCCCGACGCCAACACCAGGCAGGAAUCCCACUCCCUGCACACUCGCCUUCGAAAACACUUCCAAAAGACCAGACCCUUCCUUAGCCCAAAAACCGCGUCCGAGCAGAAGGGCGAGGGCGAGGGCAAGGGCAAGAAGGAGACAGCGGGGAGAGUGAUUUGGAAAGGCAAGAGGCAAGUGCUGGACCGUGUUUUCUCGUCCUCGCAGCCGAACCUCUGCUGUUCGGGAGCUUCACGGGACCUGCAGGAUUCCCGAGCCGGGGCUAAACUGCUCUCUGAGUCCAAACAGGUGACGCCAGUGAGGCAGAGGGCGAUUUUCGCCAGCGUGUGGUCGGCUGUGACACACCAAAAGCGCCCGGCUCAGGGUGCAGACGAAUGUUCGAAGCGCCCCGAGCCCGCCCGAGAGCAGGAAGCGAGCAGCCUGGCCGGGACUGCGGAAACUGGACAUUUGACCAACCAUCUUAAACCUUCAAUAGAUGCAGGGAAUUUUGCAAUGCCCAGCUGUGGUGAGCCUCUUGAGAACCAAGAACUUGGAUCAAGUAAAAUCGAUCACCUGUUGGCAAGCACAGGGAUGUACCAGUUGAACAUCCUGCUAAAGAGUGGCCAUAACCUGGCAGUACGAGAUCGGGGAGGAACAAGUGAUCCGUAUGUGAAGUUUAAAAUUGCAGGGAAAGAAGUCUUUAGAAGUAAAAUAAUCCAUAAGAACCUCAAUCCAGUUUGGAAUGAAGACAUUUCUCUUCUUAUGGAAAGUAUUGCAGAACCUUUGUACAUUAAGGUGUUUGACUAUGACUUUGGGUUGCAUGAUGACUUUAUGGGUUCAGCCUAUCUGGAUCUAACCAAAUUGGAAUUAAAGAGAGCGACUGAAGUGACGUUAAAUCUGAAAGAUCCGAGCUGUCCUGUUCAAACUCUGGGGAGUCUGUUAAUGUCAGUUACUUUACUGUGCAGAGAAGGUGACCCGAGAGAUGCUAAAAUGUAUUUGAGAAGGAACUGGACAGCUUCCUGCAAGGCGCAGAAUGCACGCCUUCUGGAGGCACAUAAGAAGGAUCAGCUGUGGAGAGGCGUUGUCAGUGUCACUCUCGUCGAAGGAAGAGACUUAAAACCCAUGGAUCCCAAUGGCCUCAGUGACCCAUAUGUGAAGUUCAAAAUGGGCUGUCAGAAAUACAAGAGUAAGACAAUUUUAAAAACUCUGAAUCCCCAAUGGAGAGAACAAUUUGAUUUCCUUCUCGGAAAUGAAAAGGGUGAGAUCAUCAAUAUCACUGUGUGGGACAAAGACUCUUUAAAGAAAGAUGACUUCAUUGGCAGAUGUCAAGUUGAUUUAACAGGCUUAAGUAAGGAACAUACACACAAAUUGGACCUUGCACUCUCAGAAGGAAAAGGUCACAUAAUACUACUGGUUACUCUGACAGCAACUGUUCCUGUCGGUGAUUCUGAUCUCGGCAAAUUGGACAAUGAGGAAGAAUGGAAUAAGAUAAUGACAAGAUAUUCGUGGUUUAGAUCCUUUCACAACCUCAGAGACAUAGGAUUCAUCCAGAUAAAGGUGGUCAAGGCAGAAGGCUUAAUGGUGGCUGAUGUCACAGGGAGCAGUGACCCAUUUUGUGUGAUUGAAUUGAAUAAUGACAGACUGCAGACACAUACUGUCCAUAGGAGUCUCAGCCCUGUAUGGAACAAAGUCUUCACAUUCAACAUUAAAGACAUCCACUCGGUUCUGGAAGUGACAGUUUAUGAUGAAGAUCGGGAUCGCAGAGCGGACUUUCUGGGCAAAGUUGCUAUACCUUUGCUAAAUAUUCAAAGCGGAAAAGAGAAAGCCUACGUCUUGAAAAACAAGAAUCUGACAGGGGCAACAAAGGGGGUCAUCUAUCUUGAAAUGGAUGUGAUUUUUAAUGUUGUAAGAGCAAGUAUCAGAACUAUCACUCCCAAAGAAGAGAAGUACAUUGAAGAGGAACAGAAAAUCUCCAAAGAGCUCCUUCAGCAAAACUACUACCGUGUGAGGCGCUGCAUCAUGGUGCUGGUUACUACUGGCCGCUUCAUCAACAGUUGCUUUGAGUGGGAGUCGACACAGCGGAGUCUCACUGCCUUCCUGGUCUACCUGGUUUUAGUUUGGAACUUUGAACUCUUUAUGAUCCCAUUGAUGCUUCUCAUUCUGCUCUUCUACAACUAUUGGUUAAUUAGAUCAGGAAAGGACAAUACUUUACGCUCAAUGCAAGAGUUAGAAGAGAGCUUGAUAGCAUAUGAGGAGGAUGAAGAGGACGGAGCUGACAAGGAAUCGGAAAGGAAAACUUUGAUGGACAAGUUGUUUGCUAUCCAAGAAGUGUGUAUGGCUGUGCAAAACGGCCUGGAUGAGGCUGCCUGCUUUUAUGAAAGGAUAAAGAAUACCUUCAACUGGACAGUCCCAUUCCUGAGCUGGCUGGCUGUUUUCAUCCUGACUGUUGGCACAAUUGUCCUUUGUUUUGUUCCUCUCAGAUACAUUCUUCUUGUCUGGGGUAUCCACAAAUUCACUAAAAAACUUCGCAAUCCAUAUCUCAUUGAUAACAAUGAACUGCUGGACUUUCUCUCCAGAGUACAUUCUGAUAUACAAAUGGUGCACUUCCAUGAGCUGACGCAAGAAUCUAGUCAUGGCCUGCUGAUUUUUAAGAAGAAAAACAAUUCAGCCUAGUCAAUGUUCCUUAACAACAGAGCUAUGCAUCUGCUUUCAGAAAUCUAUGAUGAAGAGGUUCCCUUUGUUCAUUCACUUAUUUUGAUACUUUUAAAGAAAUAACAUCUGUAAAUGUUGUACAAUAUUGAACUGUAUUUGAAAAUACUUAUUGUAUAAAUCACUUACAUUCAACCUUUUGAAAUUAUGUUCUCAUUGUAUUAAAGCUUUGCAGAAUGUACCUAUUGCCUGGAUCUUUAUAAUAUAUAAAAAGGUGGUAAAUAUUUACAAGACAUCCUGUUGCAAGCAACCAGUCAUUUUAAGUAAUAUUAGUGCAUUACAAGUUUUGACUGUUUACAAGAACAAUGUUAAAGACAAUUCCAAAA